AUGAAUCAAUCGCAGGCACAACAGAAACCAGCCAUAACUACAAUUCGAGGCUUCCAAACUCCUGCCGUUUCGGGCGAUGAAGAUUCUGAUUAUGGCUGCAAUACUCCAGCACGAUAUAACCCCAAGAUCGGUGAUGUUGUCAGCGCAAACUGCAGCCCUUCAUUGAAACCGUUCAAAUCCCCAGGAAUUGGUGGCAUUAGCAGAUUAAAGCUACAACUCGAUACUCUUAACUUGGAGAAUGAAUCCAGAGCAAACUCCAUGGUGCGCAGCCGCCCUCAAUCGCAACCGCAAAGCAGCACGGCCACGACGUCCGAUGACUUGAGCGAUGAUGAACGAUCCGACAGCACAACGUAUGAGAUACCCUUGGAACAUGAUUUCGUUAGCGAAAGUGUGCGGGCACAACCCAUGUUCGGUGCAAUUGAAGGAGGAUUGAUUCAGGAUACUAUUGCGAGAAAGAUGGCUGCAGACGACUUUGAACCUUUACGAUGUUUAGGUAAGGGAACAUUCGGGACUGUCAUUUUGGUCAAGCAACGUACAACCGGGACAUUAUUCGCUCAAAAACAAUUCAAGAAGGCAUCCUUGACGGUCCAUAAAAGAUUGGUGGAGCAGACAAGGACGGAGAGAAGCAUUCUUGAAAGUGUAAAUCGUCAUCCCUUCGUCGUCAAAUUGUUUUACGCCUUCCAGGACCACGAAAAAUUGUACUUGAUUUUAGAAUACGCGCAAGGCGGAGAGUUAUUUACCCACCUUGCCCAAGAACGUAUGUUCUCCGAAGAAGUCGCAUCAUUUUACAUGGCAGAGAUGGUUUUGGCCCUGGAGCAUCUUCAUCGCAAUCUUGGGGUUGUCUACCGCGAUCUCAAACCGGAAAACUGUUUGUUGGAUGCCGAAGGUCAUUUACUUCUCACCGAUUUCGGACUAAGCAAGGUAGCUGUGGACGAAAACGAUAAAUGCGGCUCUUUGUUGGGUACUGUUGAAUAUAUGGCACCUGAAAUCAUCCUUGGACAAAAGUAUGGAAUGGCCGUGGAUUGGUGGUCUUUUGGUGCUCUUGGGUUCGAUUUAUUGACUGGCAGUCCACCAUUCCAAGGUCAAAACAAUAAAGUAAUUCAGGACCGGAUCACGAAGCAAAAGCUUGCUAUGCCUUACUUUUUGGGACCCGAUGCCAAAGAUUUGUUGACCCGCCUUCUUCGUAAGGAACCCAACAAGAGACUCGGAUCUCAUAUGCCUAAGGACAUGGCCAUUAUCAAGAAACAUCGAUUCUUCCGUCGUAUAGAUUGGCAGAAGCUUGCAAAGAGAGAAGUUGAUGCACCAAUUCAACCAUUCAUAACAGAUCCAGAACUCGCGGAGAACUUUGCGGAAGAUUUCACGGAGCUCUCUUUGAGUCCUGUAGUUACUAGUCACAAUGGCGUACCAUGGAGCGCGACUUCUGCGAACGAGAAUGACCCCUUUGGUGGAUUUAGUUAUGUUGCAAGUCAGAGCUUAUUGGAUUCGAAUGGAUUCUUGGAGAUGCAUCAAAAAAAAGUGAUUGCGUAA